GCGCGCCUCUCACACUUCGCCGGGGGGCGCGCGCCCUGGAAAAUUCCGCACCCGAGCCAGCUCCACCCUAUGCGCCUUCUUGCAUUCCCCUGGCUCUUCACACUUAGUCUCUGUCCCAGCAGCCUUUGAGCGAACAAAAUGGCUGCCCCCAUGCCGCGGGGGUUGUGUUGCUUAUCCAGGGUUUUAGGAUGGUGGUUUCGACAGCCAGUCUUGGUGACUCAGUCCAUAGCUGUAGUUCCAGUUAGAACCAAAAAACGUUUCACACCUCCUACUUAUGAACCCAAAUACAAAUCAGAAAAGGAGUUUAUACAACAUGCCCGGAGAGCGGGAGUGGUCAUUCCUCCAGAGCGUUUGGAGCGUCCCAUACAUCUGGCCUGUACAGCCGGUAUCUUUGACGCCUAUGUUCCUCCAGAGGGUGAUGCUCGUAUGUCAUCUCUUUCAAAGGACGGACUGGCACAGAAAACUGAGCGAUUGAAGAAGAACGUGGCAUCACAAUUGUCAAUACGGAAGAUAAGGGAAUAUGAUGCUAAUUUUAAAAUAAAGGACUUCCCUGAAAAAGCUAAGGAUAUCUUCGUUGAAGCUCACCUUUGUCUAAACAACUCAGACCAUGACCGACUUCAUACCUUGGCAACUGAAUACUGUUUUCCGGACAUGGUCUGGGACCUCCAAUAUAAGACCGUCCGCUGGAGCUUCGUAGAAUCUUUAGAACCACCCCAAGUGGUUCAGGUUCGCUGUUCAAGUAUGCUGAACCAGGGCAACAUAUACGGCCAGAUCACCGUCCGCAUGCAUACCCGCCAGACUUUGGCCAUCUAUGACCGGUUUGGCAGAUUGAUGUAUGGACAAGAAGAUGUGCCCAAGGAUGUUCUAGAGUAUGUUGUCUUUGAAAAGCACCUGACAAACCCCUAUGGGAGCUGGAGAAUGCAUGGCAAGAUCAUCCCUUCAUGGGCACCCCCUAAACAGCCCAUCCUUAAGACGGUGAUGAUCCCUGGCCCCCAGCUGAAACCGUGGGAAGACUAUGAAGAGCUACAAGGCGAGGCCCAUAAGCCUCAGCUAGCCUGAUGGCCAGAGCGAUUCCUGGGGUGAAGUAUGGGUGCUGAGGUGGCUGGGAGCUGUGAAGUCGUCCUUCUCCACAUGCUGUAGAAAGAACUACCUUUGCUCUCUCCUCUCUUGCUUGGGUUGUUCAGCAGUCUCAUCCCCAAUAACCACAGUUGGUGGCUAGGCCCGGGUGGGUGGCUGCUAUGCACAGCCCUGGACCCACUUACUCUUUUUUAAGUUGUAUAUCUACCUUCUGGGUCUAGAUGAAAGACACUUUGUUUCAGAGAACACCUGACACCAAUCUUUCCCAAAGCAGGGACUGUCAGGAGCAAACUAGGAGAAUUUCCUUAUCACAGGGCAGGGGUCAGAGUUUGAAAUAAAAGUCUCCGUGUUUUGGAUCAGUUGUGGUGGGUUCUGUCCCUAUUCCCUGGUUCAGGUUAGAAGUUGAGCCAGCCUUCCAACGGCAGAAAUGGAAGACAGGCUUGAUUGUGAGUGGUGGGGCUCCCAGGAAAUCCAGACUUGGGGGGAAAAGUGUUUCUAAGAGGUGGUAUCAUUUAAGAGGGUCUUUUCUCAUACACUGACUCACUGAAUCAGCAUUUGUAUUUCAUAGAAGAAUGUAAAUACAAAGAAAUCAUUUAUCCCCCAGCCUUUGGAUUGUGUUCAUAAUUAUCUGCUCCAUCCAGGCAUGAUCCUAGGAAGCAUGGGGCCCAUGGAGAAGUUCAUCCAUUUACCUAAUCCAUCUGUAAGACUUGGAUCCCUGAUUUAGCAAUGGUGACUAUUCUUUUCAAGCCCAACACUGGGAGGGCAAAGGUACCAGAAUAUGGACCGUGUACAGUGAAACAGUCCAGCCCCUCUUGUUCCUUAGCUCCAGCUAGGCUGUCGGAAGGAGGAAGUGGAGCUUCACAGGCCCAGGUAAUAACAAGAGAAAUCACUCUACACCAGCAGCAAGCUUGGCUUUUAGUACUAUUGCUUUUGUCAGCCCAGUGUGGCCUUCCCUUAAAAAUAGGACCUUAAUUCUCAUACUUUCUAUUUUUCAAGCCUAGAAUUUCUUUUAAGGAGUCUGUAAGUCAGGUUAAGGAUUAAUCUGUUCUGACCUUGUGCUGAGAGAUGAGUCCAAAGAAACUGGAAUCAGGUUGAGACUAACCUCACUCCUUAGCCUCUCUAGAGCUAUGAGCCCAGCAAAGCAGCAAACAGUCCAGGCCUCACUGGGGAAAGCGGACAAGCUGCUGAGUGCUGACCGGAAACAAGCUGUGUAUGCUCGGGCAAGAGGCAGCACUGGUGGGUCAUCCAAAGCAGCCACUCUCAUCAUGCUACUUAGCUUCAGCCCCUUUGGCUUAAAAUGUACAUCAUUUUACAGCCCAAGUGAGGUUUGGUUAUAUCCUACUUGUGUGAGUGCCGGAUUAAGGCAAAAUGAGAUGAGAAGUGCUUUGACCAGGAUCCACAGCUAUAAAGAGUAAAGGCGGGUGAUGCAGGUUGGGCAGGGAAGCAGAGAAACAGAGCCCACUUACUGGACGAAUGAUACAUUGAUUUCUCUGAAUAUGUGAAAACAGUGCUUUAAAUAAGCUGUUUUCACUGCACUCCCCCCGAUCUGUCUCCUGGGUUUCCAGAUAAUCCUAAAUAGCAGCUAAGCAAUAGCUGCCGCCAGGGAGCCAGAGGAUAAGUGCAAUUUUCAUUUCCCCUUGGGACCAAAUCCAGCUGAGUGAAAGGCCCAGGCAUGAAGGAUUGACUAGAAGGACCAGGCAAGAGAUCCUCUGCAGUGCCAGCCGUGGAGCUGAGGUGCUGAAGGCUGCAGUGUUGUUACCUUGGACUUUAGAGCAGGCAUUGUUUUUCUUCCUAUUCAUGUUUAAAGACAUUGAAAAAAAU